CCGCCCGCUGGCCGCCUUGCAGGGGACGUGCUACUGACCCGCACCUGCGACCAAGAGGACGUGCAGCCAUGGACCGCCUGGCCUGGAGGGUGGCGGCACUGCUGCUCGGGCUGCUAGUGGAGUGCACAGAGGCCAAAAAACAUUGCUGGUAUUUUGAAGGACUCUAUCCCACUUAUUAUAUAUGCCGCCCCUACGAGGACUGCUGUGGCUCCAGAUGCUGUGUGCGGGCCCUCUCGAUACAGAGGCUGUGGUACUUUUGGUUCCUCCUGAUGAUGGGUGUGCUCUUCUGCUGUGGAGCCGGCUUCUUCAUCCGGAGGCGCAUGUACCCACCACCGCUGAUUGAGGAGCCGGCCUUCAACGUGUCCUACACCAGGCAGCCCCAAAACCCCACUCCAGGAGCCCAGCCGCUGGGGCUGCCGUAUUACACCGACCCCGGAGGACCAGGGAUGAAUCCUGCUGGGAACCCCGUGGCGAUGGCUUUCCAGGUCCAGCCCAACUCGUCCCAGGGAAGCACGGCCUACCCACCGCCCCCUUCCUACUGCAACACGCCCCCACCCCCAUACGAGCAGGUGGUGAAGACCAAGUAGCCGGGAGCUGCCCGCACCUGCCUGCGUGGCGCGGCCGGGAGGCAGGGCGAGGCUGCCGCUCGCUCUCCCCGCUCCAUCACUGCUCACUUCCAGGAAAGGUCUUAUGAGCCACUGAGGGCAAGUUCCUUUUUGAUACCUUCAAAGCACAGCUUCCUCUCCAGUUUUCCUUGGAGGACCAAUAUUUCAAUUCACCCCAUGUCUCCUCUGUCGCUUCUGUUUCCAACAUAAUCUGCGCUCUGGCUGAGUGGACAGUCCUGAGGGUUGACCCCUAAGCUGGCUGCCCAGGCCCGCAGCGGGGAGACCCCGGCGGGAGGCCAGGCGGUGCGGGUGAGUGCGUGGGGACGUGAGGGGGGCCUCUGGCCCAGGCACCCCGCACACGGCAGGCUGCCGGCUGAAACCAGGCCCGCAGACCCAGCAGUCUCUUCUUCCAAAAAUGACGGCGGGGCGCAGCCUCUGAGCCCCCUCUUCUCCUUCCCUUGCUGAAGACCAGAGCGCUGCCCUUGGUACCGCCAGGGCUGCGAGAGCACUGGGUGUGCUGCACCUCAGGGAGAUGGGGCUCUAGAAUCAGGCCAAGUUGAUGUCUGUCGUUCCCCAAAAAUCACUAAGGGAAGGUAUUUAAAUUCAUGGGAAAUUGCCUCCUGCGUCAAACUGGACAUUGCAUUUCAUGAGCUCUUGGCCUGACCUGGGGGAAAAUGGGGCUGUGCAUCUGGGGAAGGUGGUGUGGAGUCGCGCCCUGACGUCAGACUCGGAGUCUUUCCUGGGUGUCAACAGUUCUCCAGCCUGUGAUCACAGCCAGGCAUCUCUGCACCCUCGGCUGAGGCAGGCCUGGCGGUGCGUUGUGAUGGACACUUUGAAAGCAGAGAGGUACAUCCGGCUGGGAAGCCACGUCGGCCCCUGGAGAGAAGCGUUCCAGCAGAGCAGAGCCAGUGGCUUGAGCCUGGGUGGGCAAGCCUGGGCCCUGGCUGACUGAUCUCAGCAGGUGCAUGCCAGGCUCUGCAAAGGAGGAGCUUGCUAAGAAAAAGACAGGAACACAAAACCCCGGGACUGCAAAUAGAUCUCUUCCGAAAGGACCAAAUAGAUUUCACUGACGAGUUAAUCAAUAUUAGAAUAAAGAUGUGGUUGGAAAUGCAAACCUGGCUCAGAAACCUCUCUGGCCCUCGAGUCACAGGUAGUCCUGGAUUGUUAGGGGACUGGAGUUCUGCUCCUCUGCGUAGGUUACACCCACCAUCGUGUACUUAAACCCAGGUUGAGACCAGAUGGGUCGUGUAUAGGAAGGGCAGAGCAUCAUAGCAGAGACAUGUGUGUGUAGUAAUGGGGCGGGGCGGGGGUGGGGUGCUUAUUUUUGAAAUGAACUGAUCAGAGCCUCUUGAGAGGUUGUCAGUCAUUGAACUUGAGCAUCAGGACAUCUCACUCGAGUGAUACUGAGUGUUUUCAUUCCCCACUCCUUGUCUCCAUGUCCCAGCUCUGCUAGAGCAGGAGUGAGGAGUCAGGGUGGAGAAUCUGGGAGUCUCCCCAGGGACUCCAUGGGACACUCUUGGACUCAGACGAGCACCUUGGAAAUAGUCUGAACACAAAUGCUGCUGCCGGUGCUUUUGACCGCCGAGCGUGACCUCUGAACUCCUGUCCCCAACUUCAGUCCCUCCCCACACUCAAAUCCUUGAUUUGAAUGAGACAACAAAGCACAACAUUUGCUGUUUACAACCCGGGAUAACUGCACGGGUCCAGAAGUUUCUCCUCCUCCCGGCCCCUCGUUUGGCAUUUUCAGCUCCGGUUUCUUCCUUUGCAGUUCUGAUGAGGAAGCGCCCCAAGUUGGAGUUGGUACAGCUAGGUAGGCACUCACAUGUCCACGAUGAAAUUCUGUUUUUUGGGGUUUUUUUAUAGCAAAUGAUCUUAAGAGACCGGAUGAUUUAGGUAGCACCCAACUAUUUUAUAUUCAUGCUUGUGUGAGAUAAACUUUGUUUUCCCUUGAACCUUGGUGAGAACCCACUCAGUGGUCAGUGUGUGUGGAAAUUCCUCUUACAGUGAUAUUUCCUGCUCACUGUUUCCCCAUGCUGUCGGUGGACAGUGCCCACUGCUUGGAGCCAGUCCAAGCCAACUUCCGGUGUGUGAAGUCCCAUAGAGUCCGUGGCUAGGAGUGAACUGGGAGUAGGUCUGUGCAUGCGUUUCCUCUUGUAACACUUGACUCAUUUGUCUUUUUGUUCUUUUGAUAGGGUCAUGUUUCCUAUGUAUGCACAAUAAAAAUAAAUUUGGGCGUG